AUGGGAGGGAUGGGAGUAGGAAUGGGUGGAGGAGGAGGAAUCGGUUCCAGAGCUGGCGAGCCCUAUCGCCUGGCCACUCAUGAGACUCCGACUUCCCCUCGACACAUGCAAUCAAGCCAGGGGCCCGGCAUGGGGCACAGCCCAGGGACGGGCCAUGGGAUGGGUCACAGUCAAGCUGGGUCUGGCAUGGGAGGCCAUGGAGGACAAAGUACUGGUCAGCACGCCUCACGUCGAAACCUCCAAGUUGACUUCAGUGGUUCGGGCGGCUCCAGGACAGGCCGUUCUCCCUCUGUGUCUCCUGACCGUGGCGUGACGCCCACCUCGCCCUACUCGGUGCCACAGAUAGCACCUAUGCCGAGCAGCAAACUGUGCCCAGUGUGCACCACCACAGAGCUGUCCAACCCACCGGCUGUACCCAAUUACAACACCUGCACCCAGUGUAAGGCCACUGUCUGUAACCAGUGUGGAUUCAACCCCAACCCACACCUCACUGAGGUCCAGGAAUGGCUGUGUCUGAAUUGUCAGAUGCAGAGAGCCCUUGGCAUUGAUAUGACCACGCCUCGCUCCAAGAGCCAACAGCAGAUUCACUCUCCGUCCCACCAAGCCAAACCCAUUGUCCAGCCUCAGCAGCCUGCACCUCAGCCAACACAGCCGGCAGCAGCAGCACAGCCCAAACCCUUGGCACAAAGUCAGCCCACCCAACAGCAGCGGCAGCAGCAGCAGCAGCCUCAGUCUCAGCCCUACGGUCAGACUCAACCCUACUCCCAGUCCCAGCCUUACCCCCAGACCCAGCCACAGUCCCAGCCCCAGCAGUAUCCCCAAUCUCAUCCCCAGCAGUACCCUGCGUCCAAGCCAGGGCCCCAGACUCAGCCUCAUACCUCCCCAGGCUUGCAGAGACACCCUGGACCUGGCGGCCCCCAGCCUCAGACAGGGUCCUUUCAGCAGGGCAUGAGGUCUGACCCAUACUCGCAGGUAGGCCCCGGAGCCCCAGGAGCCGCUGGAGGUCCUAAUCAGCCUGGGGGUCCACGGAUUCCUCACCCUGGUGCUGUGCCCCUCCCUGGCUUGACCAAGGCUCCCUCCCAGCCCGAUUUGGGUCGCGGUUCUCCAAUGCACCAGUCUAUGGCACGGCACCAUGACCAAACCAGAAGCGCCGGCUCCUCCCCAGCCCACAAACCUCAGGUUCAGGCCCCUCCUGCCCAGGACGGUCUGACCAAACUGUUUGGCUUUGGGGCAUCGCUGCUCAAUCAGGCCAGUACCCUGAUAAAUGUUGACCCUCUACCCACCGCCUCCACCCAGCCAAGCCCUGCACGAGGCAAGGUGGUGUUCAGUAAUGCAUCUCCUGACAACAGGCAGCAACAACAAGGGGCCCCUGGCACCAAACCAUUUGGUAUGGGGGGCCCUCAUGCUCCAACUCAGAUGGGUGGUCCUCACACGCCAAGCCAAAUGGGUGGUCCUCACGCGCCGACCCAAAUGGGAGGCCCUUUUCCACCAAGCCAAAUGGGGGGUCCUCAAAUGCAGAGCCAAACCGGAGGUCCUUAUCCACCAAGCCAAAUGGGGGGUCCUCAUGCACCAAGCCAAAUGGGAGGUCCCCAAAUGGGUGGACCGCAAACACCAUCCCAGAAGCAACAGACCAUGCCCCAUCAACCAGGAAUGCCGCAACAGCAGUCACCUGCUCAUCAUCAAAAAGGGCCACAAGGACAACAGCAAACACCUGCUCAUCUGCAGAAAGCGCCGCAAAAGCAGGAGCCCGUGGUGGCCCCUGUGCCUGCUCCAGAGCCUGCAAAGCCUAAAGUGAACUGUCCUCUUUGCAAAACGGGGCUGAACAUCGGCAGCUCCGACCCGCCCAACUACAACACCUGUACGCAGUGUCACAGCCAAGUGUGUAACCUGUGUGGCUUCAACCCCACGCCACAUCUGGUGGAGAAAAAAGAGUGGUUAUGUCUCAACUGCCAGACCCAGCGGCUGAUGUCUGGAGGCGGUCUAGACGAACCUCCACUUCCUGUUCCUCAUUCAUCUCCCAAGCACCAGCCAAUGGGCUCGCCCCGUCACCAGGUGCCAACCAGUCAGCAGAGCCCUCUCCACAAACCCACCAGUCAGCAGGGGCCCAGGCCAGGACAGCCACAAAUGCAGAAAGGGCAGGCAGGAACUGGGGGCAGCGCACCAUUUGCACCCACUGCUGCCAAACAACCGACUGACACCAAGACCACAACACCAGCUAUGCCACCAGUAUCAACCACAGACACCCAGAAACCUACAAAACCCACAGAGGAGAAGCCCAAAAUUGAGCCUGAGAACCAAACUGCCAAAGACACCAAACCAUCCCAGAAGAAAGGAGAGCAGAUCACACCAAUCAAGGAAAUCAAGAAGUCCAGGCACUAUGAUGAUACAAAAAACAGCACCCAUGACUUGUCACGCAGCCCACAGAGCCUCAGUGACACCGGUUACUCCUCUGAUGGCAUCUCCAGCUCCCACAGUGAAAUAACAGGUCUUAUCCAAGAAGAGGAGAUGAAGCUGAGUGAGAGGGGGAUCAGUGGGCGAGGUUCCCCACCAAGCCCGUCUGAAAUCACCAAACUAGAGAGCUCUAUGAGGCCUUUGCUGGAGAAGAGCCUCUCUGAAGAGAAGCCGGACAGAAGGGGAAGGAAGCACAGAGACAGAGACUUGGAUGACAGAGGAAAGCAGCGCCCACGCUCCCUGUCAAUCCCACCGGAUGCAUAUGACUCUGACGAGGAACUAGAGGAUAUACUGGAGGAGGAAGAGGAUGCAGGAGACUGGGAGGGUAAACGGAAGGACGGAAAGGAGGAAAAGAAGGAGAAGAAAAAGAAAGAAAAAGAGGCUGAGCCCACCGAGAUGACAGAUGAGGAAUUCAUGAGGAGACAAAUAAUGGAGAUGAGUGCUGAUGAAGAAAAUGAGGAGGAAGAAGAGGAGGAGGAGGAAGAGGAAAUGGAGGAAGAGGAAGACGAGGAAGACGAAGGAUAUGGCUACCAGAAACCCAAGAAAAGCCACCAUAAACAUAUCAUCUCUGACUCAGGUAAAGAGAAAAGACGUCUUCAGCACCACUCCAGCAGUUUUGAGGAGGAAACUAAGAGCUCUACCGACGUCUAUAAAGGCUCAGUGGAGGAGGGUGAGGAAGAUCUAAUGGCAUCUCAAGGAGGCUUACGGCGCUUUAAAACCAUUGAACUCAAUAACACCAAUAGCUACAGCCGAGACAUGGAGCUGGGCAAUGAAAAUGACUUGAGCCUUGAUCGAGAACCAGAGCUAGAGAUGGAGAGCCUGACAGGAUCUCCAGAGGAGCGUUCUCGAGGUGACUACUCCUCCACUCUGCCAGCCACUUCAUCCUCUUACGGCUCUGGCCAGUCGCCUACUUCCAUCUCAUCAAUGGAGGAGGACAGUGACAGUAGCCCCAGCAGGAGGCAAAGGCUAGAAGAGGCCAAGCAGCAGAGGAAAGCACGCCACCGCUCCCAUGGCCCUCUCCUUCCCACCAUUGAAGACUCUUCUGAGGAGGAUGAGCUGAGAGAGGAAGAAGAACUUUUGAGAGAGCAGGAGAAGAUGAGGGAGGUGGAACAACAGAGAAUAAGGAGCACAGCACGAAAGACCAAGAGGGAUAAGGAGGAGCUGAGGGCUCAGAGGCGCAGAGAGAGGUCCAAGACACCACCAAGUAAUCUCUCACCCAUUGAAGAUGCUUCUCCAACAGAGGAGCUGAGACAAGCUGCCGAGAUGGAGGAGCUUCAUCGUUCCUCUGCUUCUGAAUACUCCCCUCAGAGUCUUGACUCAGAGGCUGAAGGAUACGAGUCCAAACUUUACAAGUCAGGCAGCGAAUACAACCUGCCUACCUUUAUGUCUCUCUACUCACCAAUAGAGAAAUCAUCAACUACAACUACAACCACAGCACCAUCUUCAACUUCCAAACCAUUAAAGAGUGCUGAGGAGGUUUAUGAGGAGAUGAUGAGGAAGGCAGAGAUGCUUCAGAAACAACAAAAACAACAACAGCAGCAGCAACAUGGAAGACAUGGGCAGUACUACGAAGAGGAUGUCAAUGGGCAAGGUUAUGACGACGAAUAUGAAUAUGAUGAUCAAACAGGAUAUGACAAUGAGGCGGCAGAGACAGAAACGGAUAUUUAUGAAGAGAUCCGACAAACAUCUCAGAACAUCACCAAAAUGCAGCAGGCCACAGAUGAGCAAGUAGAGAUUGAGAUUGAGAGUUCCUACCCCGACAAACAGCUCCUAGACACAGGCUCAGCCUUUGCUAAGCUACUGGAGCAAAGCAAUGCUCUACUAACUCCAGGGACCAGCCCCACACAGAUCUCAGCUCCUGUCUCCUUUGCCGAGACUGGAGGGCGGAUUCCUGAUGUUCGAGUAACACAACACUUCUCUGCAAAGGAUGGACACAAAGACAGGAUCAAAAGCCAAGCAGGAAAGAAUGGAAUAACUCCAACAGUGGCUGCCACCACAAUUGCAGCAUAUGGAGUUUAUGCCAGAGAUGCGGUGACUAUUUCUCAGACUAGUUCAAGUCACACCAUGACAUCUACUCAGUCUGGAGUAUAUGGUCGUCACACAUCAAGUCCUGCCACAUCUUCAGCUACAGUGUCAAGUGUAUGCAGCAAGAUUGCAGAGAUUACCCAGGCCUACAGUCAAAGAGAAGUGAUCACAAGAAGGAUAGGUGAGAGCAGGGGAGUCCAUGUGCGAGACAGCUCAACAUCUUCCACUGAGAGAAUUAUUGAGCCACGUUCUCCCAAGUAUACUACUUAUUACAGGAGCACCAGUCCUCCUCUUUCUCCAUCGCCACCACCACAGAGCCCCACUCGUUCACCUUCCAGAAGGAAUACAGCUGAGUUCUCUACACAGACUUUCAGUUCAGCCUUACGAAUGUCAGAGUCAGCAGGCUCUGGGCCUACAUCUCCAGUGACGGCUCAGGGAACCCAAACAGCACAUCGAUCCGUUUCCCCACGGCUCUAUCGUCAGCAGUCUUCCCAGGAUGCACCAUACUCCCCACCUGCAAGCCCAGCUAGGCCUACGACAGUCAAUACUGCUACUUCUCCCUUGUCUUCACCUACCCGAUUUAGCCGCCAGUCAACAUUUGAUAAUUACUCCCCAUGUGGAAGCCCUCCAGACACGCCACCUUACCAACAGUCUCCUACACGAAGCUUCUACCGAACACAAAGAGUGGAGAAAGUAAAUGUGGGAACAAGUAUGGUCACCACAGCCAGCAUGUACACCAGAGGGUCCAUGUCAAUGGACAAUAUCUCCCUUUGUCGAAUAUCUACAGUCCCAGGAACUUCUAGGGUAGAGCAAGGCCAUAUGAUCCAAGGUGGAAGUGUUGUGGAUCUCAGAACAGCCACCAAGCCAACUCCUAUUAUAAUGACUGACCAGGGAAUGGAUCUCACCUCCUUGGCCACUGAAAGCAGGAAAUACCAUGGUGGACCAGAGGGUAGCAGACAUUCAACGAUUGUUCAGCCAUUGAUUAUGAACUUGAACACACAGGAGAUCACCACACCAACCACUGUAAGUGUCACUGUGGCUGCUUCCAUGUUCAUGACCCAGCCCAAACAGCCAACAGUCUAUGGUGAUCCCCAUCAAAACCGAGUGGAUUUAGGUCAGGGCAUGGGUUCGGCAGUGUGCCUUUCUCAGAACAAACCAAUUUCCCCUCCAAUUGACCCAGCAAUACCAAAAAUUGAUGCCAAACUGGAAGACCUUAGUAUCCAACAGAAAGAGCUACAAAUACAGCAAGAGAAGCUGCAGAAGCAACAACAACUCCUUGAACAGCAGUUGCAGCAGCACCAUCAGAUGCAACAGCAGCAGCAACAGGCAUCUGCUUUGGCCAGGUACAACCUUACUGGACAGAUCUCACCUUUGCUGAAAAAAGACUUGCUAGUCAGUCAGACUAGUGCUGCCUCAGCUGUGGUCAGUGCUGUAUCACCAGUCAUUAACCCUGAGUUGUAUGGCACUGGUCCGGUAGAGCUGAAAGGGAAGCUCAGUCCUCCUGGUAUGAUAUCAGGAGGUAAAUCACCUCAUAGCAUGGUAGUACAAAUUGAUGGAGGACCAGAGCAAGCCAGGGCAGUGACUCAGUUGGUGAAGGUUGAAGAAGGACAGGAUGCUAUGGAUCUGACUGGAGGCCAAAUUAAAUCUGACAACCAACCAGCUUGCUGUGACGUUGUUUAUCGGCUUCCAUUUGGUGGAAGCUGUGUUGGUGGUGAGAAAGAGGGAAUCAGGCCUCCAUCUGCCCCACCUCUCACCUAUGAAUCUGACCAAGAAAGACAACCUGGAGGGUACCAUGAAUAUUCAGUGGAUGAACGUAAGGCCUACACAUUACCUUUCCCAGGUAGGCUGCAGCCUUCAAUGUCUGAUACAAACUUAGCUGAAGCUGGGCUACAGUCCUACCGCUCUAAACUAGAACCACACAUCCAACCGUCAGGAGAACUUGCUAUGGAUCUUACUGCUAUGAAACAGGGUUAUGGAGGGUAUAUUGGAAUGCAGUAUGGCUCCUAUACAGAUUUACGGCAUGGAGGAGACAUCACGGCACAAACUUUGCCUAUCAGGAGAUAUAAUUCCUUGUCUAACAUCAGUUCAGACUAUGGCUACUCUGCUCGUGACAUUGCUGGCUUCCAAGAAGCUAACUUGGCUCAAUACAGUGCUACAACUGCCAGGGAGAUCAGUCGGAUGUGUGCAGCACUCAAUUCCAUGGAUCGAUAUGGAAGCAACCCAGACUUGAUGCAGUUUGGUAGUUUGGGGAGAGCAACCGGACCUGCAGCCUCCAGACUUGCAGCAGGUCUCAGCAUGAGACAAAACCUCCUCUUUGGACUAGAUGGGAAGCCGAUUUCCCACAGUCAAGCUCUAACCAACCUUAUCAAUGCCAGGCAGGCCAGCCUCAGAGCCAUGUACCCUGCUGCUAUUAGGUCCUCUGAUGGGAUGAUCUACUCCACUAUUCAGACUCCUAUCGCUUCUACACUUCCCAUCACAACUCAGCCUGCCUCUGUUCUUCGUCCAUUACUGAGGGGGGUCUACAGGCCAUAUCCCUCUGCUAACAUGACACCUGUGCCCCUGUCCAGUCUUAGCAGACUACCAAUGAGCCCCAGAAUACCCUUCACUGGACAAGCUCCAGUCCGUUACCCAGCACCAGGCCUACUCCAGACAACAUCAACUACUGCCACAACUGCUGGUGCUGCAACAAGUUCCGCACCAGCAGGUGCCCCAGUGUCUAUUCCCAUGACAACUACUAGUUCCACGGUCCAGGAUGAACCAGUUUACCUCGGUAAAGGUGCAUCCUCUUCAGCAGAGGUCACCUCAGUGCAAGGGACAGUUGUUAUGCCAAUGGAGCCACAGCAGCAGCCAAUAAACCUGUCCCAGGCCCACCUUAACACUCAACAACAGCAACAACAACAACAGCAACAAGUGACAACUGCUCAACAGCCACAACAGCCUCCUCCAGCUGCCCAUGCAUACCCACCCUCAGCUCCUUCACACACUCACGGCUACACCCAACCUCCACUCGGCCCUGCUGCCCCUACAAGUGGUUUACCCAUUGCAGGGGGUCUUCCUCCCUUCCCUCCACCAGGUGCCAUACACAAGGAGGGUGAAACCGAGGCAGAGAGGCUGCAUCGGCAGCAGGAGCAGCUUCUGCAGAUGGAGAGGGAGCGGGUUGAGCUGGAAAAACUCCGGCAACUGCGCCUGCAGGAAGAGCUGGAACGAGAAAGGAUUGAGCUGAAGCUGCACAGGGAGAAGGAGCAGAUGCUGGUGCAGAGAGAGUUACAUGAGCUGCAGAACAUCAAGGAACAGGUUCUUCAGCAGCAGCAACACGAACGCGAGAAACAACUAGUUCUCCAAAGAGAGCAGUUGGCCCAGCAGAAGUCCCAGCUAGACCAGAUCCAGUCCUUACAGCAGCAGCUCCAGCAGCAGCUUGUAGAGCAGAAGAGACAAAAAACAGCUGCAGCUCAGAGCAUACAGAUGGAUAUGAGCGGACAACCCCUGCACCCCUACAACGACUCUCAGAUGAGCUCGCGUUCCCUCCCUAACUCCUCGUCAGAGAUGUGUCUGCGGAGCCAGGAGGAGCACAUGAUGGAGACCAGGAGCAACAUCAGGAAACACAGCUCCAUGACUAGGCUGAGCAGGGACAGCUUGGACGGAGACAGCGUGGUGUUUUAUGGCUCCCCCCGCAGGAUCGUGGACAGCUGUGUGCAGACAGAUGAUGAAGACGGAGAGGAGAGAUACAUGAUGCGUCACCGUACCAGAAGGCGUGGUCGCAGUGUUGACUGCUCUGUCCAGACAGAUGAUGAUGAGGACAAAGCUGAGACGGAGCACCCGGUCCGCCGAAGACGUUCCCGUUUCUCCCGGCAUGCUGAAUCCAGUGCCACCACUGGCAGCAGUGCCACUUCGUCAACCACAGCCACUGACACCAAGACCGACACUUCUAAGAUGGUAUCCUCCAGUAUCGCCAUCCAGACCAUCAGGGAAAUGUCCUGCCAGACAGAAGUGGAGCAUCUAGGUAGAGUCUCACCUGCAAUCCAUGUGACAGUACCAGACCCGAACAAAGUAGAGAUUGUUCACUACAUCUCCGGACCUGAGCGCACCCAGAAAGGACAGUCUCUGGCAUGCCAGACUGACCCAGAAGCCCAGUCACAGGGUGUUGUAGCCCCUCAGCUCAGUGUGCCAACCACGGUUAGUCCAUAUUCUUCCUCCACCAGUACGGGAACGCAACAAUCUGGUUCUGUCGAUCUCUUGACCCAGCAGCGCCAACAGCAGCACAUUGCAGCCAACGCAGCCAAAUUUGAACGCCGCCGCCCCGACCCACUCGACAUAAAUUACCAGCCUCACAAUCAUCUUCACAAUGAAUCCAUCUCCAGCAUCAUCCGGCAGCAGCAGACAGCCCCCAAAUCCCCACAAGUCCUCUAUUCCCCUGUCUCUCCGGUGUCCCCUCACCGCCUGCUGGAGACAUCUCUGUCCAGCGAGAGACUGAACAAAGCCCAUGUCACACCUCAACAAAAGUCCUACACAGCCGAGUCCCCCCAGAGACACCCGUCUGUGCCCCGACCCAUCAAGAGCACCCAGAGGUCCAUGUCAGACCCCAAGCCCCUCAGCCCCACCACAGAUGAGCACACCAAGGCCAGGCUGUCCCUCUACCAGCAGCAAGCUCUCCAGAGCCAGCUGGCAGCCCUACAGCAGAGCUCACUGCUUCGUAAGGUCAAGCGAACCCUGCCCAGCCCUCCUCCAGACGAGACCACUGCAUCAGCUCACUUGCCCAUGAUGGCACCUGCCCUUCAACAGGUCUACCUGCCCUCCGUGCCCAGCCUCAAGCCCAGCUCCAGGUCUGGUCUGGCUGCCAAAGCUAGCCUCCUCAAAGACCUCACCCACGAGCUGAAGGCCGUGGAACAAGAGUCAACCAAGCUGAGAAAGCAGCAAGCUGAACUGGAGGAGGAAGAGAAAGAAAUUGAUGCUAAACUGAGAUAUCUAGAACUGGGGAUUCACCAAAGGAAAGAGACACUGGUCAAGGAACGGGAGAGGAGGGAUAUUGCCUACCUGAGGUGUAUGGGGGACACUAGGGACUACAUGUCUGACAGUGAGUUGAAUAACCUACGUUUAGCAGCUGCAGCUGCAUCUCAUGAGACCAAUGGGUUAUUGUCAACGAGGCCAAGCACUGCCCCUUUGAGCCAGUUCACCAGCGACCUCAACACAGCAGCGCAAUAUCCACCCACCUCAUCCUUCCUUUCCUGUCAGUACCCCCAGAGCCAACAGGCAGCACCAAGUCAGCAAUCCAGUGUGCCAUACCAGACCUCGACAUUCAACCAGCCUCCCUACCCAACAGUGUCUCAGUCCCAGGCACUGCCACAGCCCACGCCCCUCCAGAGCCAUGUCCCCCCUCCAGGACCUUCUUACCAGUCUCAAUCCUCCUACCCUUCCCACACCUAUCCCCAAACUCAGCCCCCAUACCCCCAGACAGACAUGGGGAUACCAGCUGCACCUCAGCCCCAGCCAGGGCAUACAGGUUUUGGGCCUGCACCACCCGGUCAGCCCCCAUACCCCACCCACAGCUCACCCUAUCCCAGCGCUGUGUCCUCCUACCCCAGCCAGACCACCCCUUACCCUGGGCAGCCCCAAGCUGAUAUCCUGACAGUCCACCCGGGAAGACCAAGGCAGACUUCACUGGCCGAUCUGGAGCACAAGAUGCCCACCAACUACGAGACAAUCAGCAACCCCACAGUCGUGGUCACCACCACAGCCCAGGAUGCUACUUAUUCCAGUGCAGCCCCCUCUUAUGGUCAGUACACUGGAUCGACAACCAUGGCCAGCUCAUAUGGGCCCUAUGGUUCAGCACCAGUGUCCAGCAGCUACGGUGGGUACUCUACCAUGCCACCCAGUACUUAUGGCCAGUAUACUUCAACCUCAGCUAGUUCAUAUGGCCAGUAUACAACAACCACUGCUAAUACUUAUGGCUACACCACCACCACAGCCAGCUCUUAUGGACAGUACACUUCUACAGUUUCCAAUGCCUAUGGGCACUCUGUAGAUAGUCCCUCCACGUAUAGCACUGCAGAUGGGAUGUAUGGGGCUCCUGGCUUAGAGCAGAACAUCCCUAGAAACUACAUGAUGAUUGACGACGUAAGCGAGCUGACGGCAAAAGACGGGCUGGGCACGACGACAGGGGACAUGAUGCAUCAUGGGCGUUACCCGGGCGACAUCCAUGGCCACGGCAGCACCAUUGGCGGCACAACGCGUGGGGGAACUGGCAGCUCUUCGUACGGCAGGGCACCUGAAGAGGAAGCAGCGAUGCAGGAAGAGCUGUACGACCACCACGGCAGGGCCUACCAUCUGGGCCAAGAAGAAACUGACUGGUUUGAGAAGCCACGCUCCAGUUCUCGACACUACGGCAGUAGCCACUCAUCUGGGAGGAGCAGGCACGGUGUCAAACACACCUACCACGAUUACGAUGAGCCUCCUGAGGAGGACCUGUGGCCCCAAGAUGAGUAUGGUCAUGGAGGGCGGCACUCUUCAUCCCGUGACCAUCGGCAUCAUGGCAGCUCAAGCAGACACUCAUCCGCAUCACGUCAUUCCGAUGAGCCAAGGUCCGCAAGGUCAUCCAAGGGGCACCCCAAAGACCCGUCAAUGCGCCAUGACCCGGCGGGACGAUCCUCAUCUUCAGGAAGGCGGGGCGAGUCAAGGUCCGGGUACCACUCUUCAGACUACUCCCGAGAUCCAUCUGGGCACCAUCAUGGACAGCGCUCCUCUAGACAGGGGGACCCACACCGUUCCUCACGCAGCAAGUCCCAGCAGCCAGGGGACAUGCAGGGCCAACCACCAGGCUCCUCUAGGUCCGGCAGUGGCUCUGGCCGGGCUCAGGGCCCUGCCGGCGGGCCUACAGGAUCAGGGCGACAAGGCGGUCCAGGCUCCCAGACAGACGGGGCUCCAGGACAAAGGACACAGCUCCAACAACAAGCCCAGACAUCAGCGGCCAGGCCAGGGCAGCCCGGUGCGGCGUUGACCACUGGCCCUCAGCAGCAGCCCCCAGCCCAGGGACAAGGCAUGGGGAUGGGAAUGGGAAUGGGGCAGGGCCAGGCCCAGGCCAAGCCAGGGCAGAUGGGACCAGCAGGUGGACCCAUGGGACAGGCCAGGCAGACAGGUCCGGCAGGAACCGCGCCAGCUACCAUGCAGACCAAGAUCGACACGCCUCCAGUAACAGCUAUUGGAGCAAAGGCAGCGCCCGUCAUGGCCAACAAAGCUGCCCAGCCCCCACUCACAGGCAUAGGCUCCAAGGCAGCGCCCAGGCCAGGAGGUAUUGGCAGUGCAGCUGCAGGUCAGCCUGGCAUGGAGGGAGACAGCAUGUUGUCCAAGAUCCUCCCUGGAUCCGCCGCUGAGCAGGCUGGCAAACUCGGAGAAGCUAUCUCCGGUUUUGGCAAGAAGUUCACCUCUUUCUUCUGAGGUGCUAAGAUUAAGGACUAUGUAAAUGUGAAAUGACGAAGUCACGAGGCCCUGUACCAGAAAAACCUGCGAAGUUUCUCCUGUUUUUCUUUUACUCAAAGAGAGGCAGAAAGGAGAG